AUGAGCUGCGGGCGACUGGAGCAAAAGAAGCUCCCCUGCUUCUGCAGUGGACAGCUGACAAUGCAAUAUGAAGCAUGGCCGCCCCCACUCCACCACGAGUUUACCCUUCUUAGUGCAUCAAUAACGGACAGACCCAAAGAAAGAGCCCUCCGUGAGCAGGGCCCUGAAGCAAACACACAUGGAGGAUUUGAGACGGCGGUCGAGUACUUGAAGGCAAGUAUGGACGAUGAACACGAUGGUAGUGAUACAGAGGUUAAAAUGUUACCAGUUGAGGAAAUGGAAGUUCAUCCGCAGUCGAAGAGGAGCAGCAAUGUUGGAGCAGACAGAGGAUGGAUGGCCACUUAUGAUGAAGAUCGAUGUGAGUCGGAUGCAGGUCGCUGCUUAUGCCUUCUCUCCAAUUUUGUCCAGUCUGUCCUCUCCCUCGUAUUGUGCCACUAG